GUUCGCCAACAAACAAACCGAAAGUAGAAUAUAUAAAAAAACAGCGAAACAGCAAAAUAAAACAUAUAUUAUUUAAAACAAUUGUCUAUCGCUGUCCGAAACAACAAGCACUGUGAAAAAAGAAGAUGAAAUUUACAUCAAAUUGAAAUUUGCUUUUUACAUAUUACGAAUGGAAUCUCCAGAGAAGCAUGGAGACCCAGAUGAGGCCACAAACUACACAAAGUAUCCGCUACGUCGCAUGGAAAUCUCCAUCAGGAAGUUUAUACAAGUCAUUGACAUUGACCUGAAACGAUUACACAGGCACAAAAUAAAUGUGGAGAAGUUCAGCCGGUUACAAGACUGGUCCAGUCUCAACAACGAGCAGAUUAACGCCUCCCGUACGAUCCAGCAAAUCAAGGCCAACGUGCAGGAGAUAGAGAAGUGUCGGCUUCAGGUAAAAGACGAGGACCUUGAAGCGUUCGACGAAAGAAUCCUACCCAUGAAAAAGUCUGCAUUAGGAUCAGUCCAAGAUUUUUUCAGCAUUGCAACUGAGUCCUCAAGAAGCGCAGAGAAUACUCCAGAUGAUGUGACAACCAUGUUGUUUCCUGGACCUGGUUUGACCUUGAUAGGUCAUGGUCAGUCUCAUGACGACCUUCUACAGACCCAGGUUGCCGAGCGACCAGAGCACUCAGAAGUUGCGCAAUCUUGGGAGAUCUUACAAGAUAACCUGCAGGAGUUGAACACAAUGAUCCACCAGUUUGCAGCAGCAGUUCAGGAUCAGCAGGAAGGAAUAGACCGUAUCGAAAACAACAUGGAAAAGGCACAGAUAGAUGUUCAGGAGGGAGUCAAACAGUUAGGCAAGGCAUCAAAGUAUAAAGCGGCCAUGAUUCCAAUCAUUGGGGCAGCUAUAGGAACAGCUGUGGCAGGGCCACUUGGAUUGCUGGUUGGCCUUAAAAUAGGAGGCCUAGCAACUGUUGCUGGGGGAACUAUGGGCUAUAUAGGUGGACGCUUCGUGAAAAAACGUAGGCAGGAAGUAACCGACAUAGAACUUUCACAGUUAAGUCGCGCAUCGUCAAUGCCAGAUGUGAAAACGAUUGAAAAGCAAGAGACAAAAUGGUCGCUAUGGGGACGCCAACGUACUACCACGGAAUCUGACACCUAGCGGCACAAAGAAUAUUAUGGCAUACUUUAUUUAAUAGAUACAUUUGAUGUCUUAAAUUUAAAUGAAAAAUUGCAUAUAGUAAAAUCAUUAUGAUUCGUGGACCAUUAAUUAUCGUUGAUUUGGGGCUUUUACCGACCCAGGAAUUUAACACGACAAGACAAGAAAAAUAUUAAUUCAGACUUGCACAGUGAACAUCGUCUAAGCACUAGCUAUGUUACAGAGAUAAACAUUGUUAUAAUAUAAACAUAAGCAGCAUCGUAUACGGUUACGAAAAUUAUUAGGUAGAAUACUUGUUAAAUAUGGAGGAUAACAAUUUUAGGUGAAGACACAGCGUUAGAAAUAUUAUUUCUUAAAAUCAGAGCUUCUUUAACAAUACUGGCUAAUUUAAUAAGUUGAAAUUUAUUCGUUGUAUUCAGCAAUUGGUGGAAUUUAUCAACAAAAGGCUUAAUAUUAUAACAUUGCUUUAGGCAGGUUCUUCUUAUAUCAACGUAUAAAGUACAUUUACAUACAAAAUGAAACUAAUCUUCAAAAUCUAAUUUAUUACAACAAAGGCAAUAACGUUCGUUUGGUGGUAUAUUUUGACACAAACACAUGGGAAAGUGACCAAAGCAAAUUUCUCAUGUUUUCUCCAAAAUUAGAAAUUUACAAUUAAUCUGUCCACGAAAGUCAUAUUUGGAAAAACCAGGAAAUUUCAUGCUCAGGAAUAUUAAUGAUUUUACUUUAAGUGAAAACUGACAUUAAUCAAACCUCAAAAAGGAUUUGAUAACUUAUCAUGCAUAUGCUUGGUAAUUUUUAGCUCGGCUGUUUUCGGAGAAAACCCAAGGUAUUGUCAUUGCCAGCUCGUCGUCGUUCGGUGUUUGCCGUCUGCCAUGCUUAAACCUUACCAUUUGCUCUAAAAACAAAGUGCUUCCACCUACAACAUUGAAACUUCAUAUGUAGAUGCACCUUGAUGAGUUCUACAUGCCACACCCAUUUUUGGGUAACAUACAAAAGGUCAAGGUCACUGAGACCUCUAAAACUAAAUAUGACAAGCUUUCAUUUAUUCAAAACCGCUACUGCAGCCGAGCGUUGGCACCCGCUGUGCGGUGCUCUUGUAUGAAUGUUUAAUGUUGAUUAGUAUUUAACUCAACAAAAUGUAAGUACUGUUUACGUUCAAGCGUUUCUAUUUCUUAAAUGUAUAGAUCUGACCAAAAAUGUUAAAAUCGUCAGUUUGUUGAUAUGUGGACAAUUCCCUUAGAUUGUUGAUUGGAUAUAAUAUAUGAUUUUUGUAUU